GUGUUGUAUAUGAAGGGAAACUUUCGUUGAAACGCUGCAUUGAUGCAGUCUGUCCUGCGUCCAAGCAAGCAUUGCAUAGGUGGCGCAGUGAUUUGGAUGUGCUGCCCUCAUUAUGAUCACGAGCAUCAUGGCAUCUAAUCCUGCUUCAUUUUCAACUUAUGAGCAACGCUCCCGGUUUGCCAAGUAUUAUCUUUAUAAAAAUCGGUUUCUUUUCAAGAACGAUUCUUCUAAAGACAAGAAGUGGACGGGGAUGUGGCAAUCGAGAUCCAUACUGCAAACAUUUGCAGCCCACCUUGAUUACACUCGAGGUUGUGUGCCUGUCGAAGCUCCUGGAUGCGAAGAGCAACUCAGUCGAAUAGCACUUGCACUCUCUGCAGCAGCGGCUAAGCGCGCCUUACAUCUCCUUUCGACCGGAGAGAUGAGUUUCGAGGUUACGACUGCAGUUGCGAAAGGCAAGAGAAAGGUCAUGCGAAAGAGUGAGGCUCAAGCCUUGAACAAUGACUUAUUAUGGAAAGUUAUCAUAAGCAACAAUGAGGAUUUCUCCGAGUCGCUAUGGGGGUAUGAUAGUCGUAUGUUUCUGAAUGCAAUCAACCGCAUACCCGCAGAAAAUAUGCUGGACAUUGUGAAGAGCGCAGAACCAUUCAUGGCAACUGCCACUGGCCACGUAGAGAUAAAUAGUGUGGAGGAUAUGGAUGAGGAGUACGUCGAUCUCUUGGAUUUCCGAUGAAAACCCGCUAGUCAACUUCGUUGUCCAUCACCCUCGGUCACCCUUCCAGCAUUCCCUUGUUGCCCACAUAUAAUCUCAGUCGUCCUCUCUCUUUGCCUUUCCGCUAUUGUGGCCUUAAUUUUCAUUUUCAUUGUCAUGAAAUUUUACCUCAUCGUGCAUCCUACUUAAUCUUUACCGGUACCACCCCUGAAAUCCAUCUUAAUCGCUGCAAGCUUUGCAUGAUACUUCAGUAAUAUACCAAGAAUU